AUGGAGACCUUCAAUGAGAAAGAAAACUUAUUAGAUGUCAUACAGCAAACCUUGCUACCCCAACGCCCUGUCCAGAUCAGAAGAAGCUGGAGAAAGAAGCAUGACAUUUUCUUGUUCAGUGGUGUUUUGGUCGUGUCUAACAACGUGUAUAAGAAGAAAUUUAGGAUAAAACAUAUCAUCCCACUGCAUUAUGUGCGGCUGUAUGACUGUGUGAGGACAGAACACAAUGCUUCCUCUGUGUCCAUCUUCCUGUUUUGGCCUAUGUUAAAAUAUGAUGUCACCUUUAGUUCCCCGGAGCAGAAAAAAUGGUGGUGCUUUUUGCUCCAAAGGUACAUUGAUGAAGCCAAGAAGAGGGUCGAGAAUAAAAAUUCUGCACUGCAGAUAAUCACUGAGGACACCGGAAACUGUACCAGUGCAUGUGCAUGUGCCUGGAUUGCAACUCUGAUUUUACCUGAUUGUGACCAAGCUUGGGUGAUGAUUCCUUCUUCCCAGAUACCUCCUGAUUGGCCACCCUAUACCUUUAGGGAUACCCUUGGCUUUUGA